AUGUUGAAGGUGCAAAUCAAAACGAUUCAGCAACAGCAGUUCGAGGUGGAGGUUCCAGAUACCGCCACGGUACUUGAUGUGAAAAAGAAGGUCGAGGCACUGCGUAGCGAGAAUGUCGCUUGGCAGAAGCUCAUCUUCGCUGGAAAGAUUCUCGCGGAUGAUGCCAAGAUCAACACCCUCAACAUCAAGCCCACCGAAUUCCUCGUCCUUAUGGUGAGGAAGCCCAAGGAAGCCAACGUCGCCGCCCCUGCGCCCGCCGCCCAGCCUGCCGCCGCUGCCACUCCCGCUCAGCCAACUCAAACUGCCGCCCCCACUCCUGCCACACCCGCCGCCGCCGAGCCGCCCCGGCCCGCUCAGCCCAGCAGCGGCGGAUCGAUCGAAUCCGAGGCCGCAUCGGCUCUCGUGACCGGAUCCGACUUCGAGGCCAUGGUGAGCAACAUCAUGGAGAUGGGUUUCCCUCGCGAGGAGGUCCUCCGUGCGCUUCGCGCCAGCUUCAACAACCCCAACAGAGCCGUCGAGUACCUCAUGACCGGCAUUCCCGACAUGCCUGCUCAGGCGCCCGCUAGCCCGGCCGCUGAACGGGCAGCUGCCCCCGCUGCUGGUGGCGAGGGUGCCGCCGAGCCUGGUUCUCCUCCCGCUGCCGGCGGCGAGGGUGCCGGUGAGGGAGGCAUCUCUCUGCCCUCGAACCUUCUGGGCGCCCUGAUGGGCCAACAGGGCGGUGCCGGCGGUCACUUCGAGUGGCUGCGCCAGCACCCGCAGUUCAACCAGAUCAAGGCCAUGGUGCAGCGCAACCCGCAGCUCCUCGGCCCGCUCCUCCAGCAGCUCGGCCAGCUCAACCCCCAGAUCCUCCAGAUGAUCGGCCAGCACCAGGCUGAGUUCAUGGCCCUCCUCAACGAGCCCAUCCAGGGAGGCGCUGGCGGCGCGCCUGGUGGUCCCGGCGGUGCUCCUCCCGGUUCCAACUACAUUCAGGUCACCCAGGAAGAGAAGGAGGCCAUCGACAGACUGCAAGCCCUCGGCUUCGAACGGCAUGUGGUCAUCGAGGCGUUCUUCGCUUGCGACAAGGACGAGCAGGUCACCGCGAACUACCUCUUCGAUCAUGGCCACGAGCUUGAGAUGGACGAGGACGUCGACGAGGGCUUCGGUGGUGAGGGCGGCGAGGGUGGCGAGGGUGGUGCCCCCUAA